AUGGUGGACCAGGGCUCACCACCCUAUUUUUAUCUCACAACUGAGUUCUCCGGCCAGGAACACACGAUUUCCUUCAUCAGCACUCGUCAUCAUUAUCUGAAGGUGGAAGUGCGGAAUUUAUCUACUUUAGAAGAAUGGCAUGCGAGCUUCACUGACAAUUGUACCUUUAAACAUUUUCAACUUAUCUCUGUAGAUAUUGAGGACAUGACGAAGAGAACUGGGAAUUUUAAAAACUUUAAAACAUCGUCGUCACUGACAAUUGAUUUAGUUUCUUACGAGGAUCUUGAGGCACUACGUCAGACUGCGGCAAAAGACGAAGUUCGUACCAUGACAUCCAAAAAACCGGCAGACAAACACCGACGAUAUUUGAUUUUAACAUACAUUUCUGAUUUCGAUCGCACAUUUUAUCCGCUACCACUAGUUUUUGUUGGCGUUCCUGAAAGAAGAAAGUUAAUCGCCCAAGUUCAUCAACUCCGAGAGGAACUUUACAAUAGGAAAGAACCCAUCUCAUCCGAUGAAAGUUCACAGAAUCAGAACGAUCAGCUGGAGAAUAGGCAAGUUGACUUUUGUUCGGCUAAUCCUUGUUCUCGUUGA